AUGGAUAUAAGUAAUGAGGCUAGAGUUGAGUUCUUCUCCAUAGGACCUUCUUCAAUUGUAGGUCGAACAAUAGCCUUUCGAGUCUUGUUUUGCAAAUCAAUAUCGCAGUUGAGGCAUAACAUUUUUCAUUUCAUGAUAUAUUACUUGUACAAGAUCAAGAAUUGUCUGUCAUACUACUUGACACCUUUGAUCAAAUGGUUUCACCCGCGUAAUCCACAAGGGAUACUAGUGUUAGUAACACUUCUAGCCUUCUUGUUGAGGCGAUAUACGAAUGUUAAAAUCAGGGCUGAUAUGGUUUAUAAGAGGAAAUUUUGGAGGAAUAUGAUGAAAUCUGCAUUAACUUAUGAGGAAUGGGCUCAUGCUGCGAAAAUGUUGGAGAAAGACACACCUAAAAUGAAUGAGGCAGAGUUUUAUGAUGAAGAGUUAGUUGUAAAUAAACUUCAAGAACUUCAACAUCGUCGUAAUGAAGGAUCUUUAAGAGACAUUAUGUUCUUUAUGAGGGCUGAUCUUGUGAGAAAUCUUGGUAAUAUGUGUAAUCCACAGCUUCAUAAGGGUAGGCUUCAUGUGCCUAAACUUAUUAAGGAGUACAUUGAUGAGGUUUCAACUCAGUUGAUAAUGGUAUGUGAUUCUGAUUCAGAUGAGAUUUUGUUGGAGGAGAAGCUUGCUUUUAUGCAUGAAACAAGACAUGCUUUUGGUAGGACAGCAUUGCUUUUAAGCGGGGGCGCGUCUUUGGGAGCUUUUCAUGUUGGUGUGGUUAAGACAUUGGUUGAGCACAAGCUUAUGCCAAGGAUAAUUGCUGGUUCGAGUGUUGGAUCGAUUAUGUGUUCUGUAGUUGCAACUCGGUCUUGGCCUGAGCUGCAGAGUUUUUUUGAGGAUUCUUGGCAUGUAUUGCAACCGUUUGAACAGAUGGGUGGAAUUCUUACUGUUUUCAGGAGGAUCAUGAGACAAGGAGCUGUACAUGAGAUUAGGCAGUUGCAGGUGAUGCUACGCCAUCUCACGAAUAAUCUUACUUUCCAAGAAGCUUACGACAUGACUGGUCGAGUUCUAGGGAUUACUGUUUGCUCCCCUAGAAAACAUGAACCUCCUAGAUGUUUAAACUACUUGACUUCACCUCAUGUUGUUAUAUGGAGCGCUGUGACUGCUUCUUGCGCCUUUCCUGGUCUGUUUGAAGCUCAAGAACUGAUGGCAAAGGAUAGAAGUGGAAAUCUUGUUCCUUAUCAUCCACCAUUUCAUUUGGAACCUGAUCAGGCUGCAGCUUCUGGUUCAUCUGCUCGUCGAUGGAGAGAUGGUAGCUUGGAGGUCGAUCUACCUAUGAUGCAGCUGAAAGAACUCUUCAAUGUAAACCACUUUAUCGUGAGCCAGGCGAAUCCACAUAUUGCUCCUUUACUCAGGAUCAAAGAGUUUGUAAGAGCUUAUGGAGGCAACUUUGCUGCCAAGCUUGCUCAUCUUACUGAGAUGGAAGUGAAACACAGAUGCAAUCAGGUACUAGAACUUGGUUUUCCCUUAAGGGGAUUAGCCAAGCUAUUUGCUCAAGAUUGGGAAGGCGAUGUCACCGUUGUAAUGCCAGCCACUCUUGCUCAGUACUUGAAGAUCAUACAGAAUCCCUCUACUUUGGAGGUUCAAAAAGCAGCAAAUCAAGGGAGGAGAUGCACUUGGGAGAAACUAUCAGCCAUUAAGGCAAAUUGUGGAAUUGAGCUUGCUCUUGAUGAGUGUGUAGCAAUACUCAACCAUAUGAGUAGACUAAAAAGGAGCGCGGAGAGAGCAGCUGCUUCUUCACAAGGUAUGUCAAGCAGCACAGUCAAACUCAAUGCUUCUAGACGUAUUCCUUCUUGGAACUGCAUUGCGCGUGAGAACUCAACAGGCUCCCUCGAAGAAGAAUUUCACGCGGAUGCUUCUUCCUCUCUUCAUCAUCACAAUGCUGGUCGAAACUGGCGUGCUAAUAACAAGAAUACUGCACUUGAUCAUCAUGGUAGUGACAGUGAGUCUGAAAGCGCGGAUAAUAAUUCUUGGACAAGAUCAGGUGGUCCAUUGAUGAGGACAACAUCAGCUGAUAAGUUUAUCGACUAUGUACAAAACUUGGAAAUGCAUCCUUCACAACGAUCGAGCAGAGGACUGAGUAUUGACCUCAACAAUGUUGUAGUCAGGGAGCCUCUUUCUCCGAGUCCACGAGUCACAACACCUGAUAGGAGAUCAGAUACAGAAUUUGAUCAAAGAGACAUCAGAAUCAUCGUCGCUGAGGGUGAUUUACUACAGACUGAAAGGACUAACAAUGGGAUUGUAUUCAAUGUAGUAAGGAGAGGAGACUUAACUCCAUCAAACAGGAGUCUUGAUUCAGAAAACAACAGUUGCUUUCAUGAUCCAGUGGCCGAAUGCGUGCAACUCGAAAAUCCUGACAAGGAUAUGGAUAUAAGUUCAGCAUCAGAAGAUGGAGAAACAGAAAAUGCAGUACUAAAUGAAGUAACAGAAAAUCAAAUCAUAUAAGAUAUGACAUGUUGUAUCCUUAUACUAUCAGUGCAGUUUAACCGGUUAUUACUCUA